AUGGCGGACUUUCAGCAGUUUCUGUCCCAUGGGCUGUUGAGGUUCCUCUGCCCCAAAACCUGUACGUCAGUGAUGCGUCUGGAUUUCGAGUGUGCGCGGCACCUGCUCCUCCACGAGCACGGCUUUUUCUCCAUGCAGGCCUCAAUUCCACCAAACGCUCUGUCUCUUGAAGACGUGACGCUCGUGGAAGCAGGCCACUGUGGGUACUGGCAGGAGCUGCAGGCAGUUUUGAAUUCUUAUUCGGUCGGUCUGCCCAUCCCAGGGACACACUCCGUCGCAAGUCUCAUCAAAAUAGCUUCCAUGUCAGGGAAAGAACCUGCGCGAGAUCUAGUUUUCCAGAUGGCUGCCGUAGCAGAGAAAGACCGCGGGAACAGCUUCUUCAAAGCCUGCAGCUAUGAAAAAGCCCUUGCCUCGUACUCCAGGGCGAUGGCAUUGCUUGGCCUGUUAUCGGGAAAGAUUAUUGCUGAUGGUGCGACAGAGGCCUCGGCAAGUUUAGAUUUGUCAGUUUCUCUGUGCAACAAUCGCAGCCUGUGUUUCCUGAAACUGGGCCGCACACUUCCCGCUAUGAAAGAUGCAGAGAAGGCGCUGGAGAUGCUGGGAGGUCAAAGCAAGAACCUCGCGGCUUGGAGCAAGGCCAUGCAUCGGCUCGCAAGUGCCUGCACCAGAGCCGGGCACUUCAAGGAGGCCGGCGCACACCUGGACACCAUCGAGAAAGCUACGCGAAGCCGGGCCGCGACAGCAGAACUCAGGCAGGUGCUGCGGAGUUUGAGAGAAAACUGUUCAGUCGCUUGCUCCGGCCACAAAAACUUGCUGGACCACCUGAAGGAGCGGCGCGCUGGCCUUUUCGAGGCUCUGGAUGCUUCCGAUGUCGAAGAAGCAUGGUUCGUCAUCCGCGAACACUUCGCGAGCUUCCCCCUUCUCUUCCUGCUGGAUAUGCCGGAGCUGCGCCAGCGAUGCCGCAAGCUUCCAGGAAAGAUGCUGAACCUCAUGGCCAUGAUCCAGCGCAGCCAAGACCCUCUGAACCCAUAUACCGGAGGGAAGAUGACAGAGUUCAACGUGGAGAAGCUCCGCUCCAUGAUCGAAGGUGCCUACCUACAAACUGAGAACGAGCGGAAGCGACGGCAGUCGCUGCUGGAGCUAACAAAUUCCACCACAAGGGCAUUCUCAGCCGAGCAGAUUGCUGAGGAGCUGGGCGUUGACUUGGAGGAGCAUCCAGACCAGGAGGAGGUCCAUCAGCAGCUCAUUUUGCUGAUGCGGUGGGUCCUUGCGUACUUGGAGCUGGAUGACUUUCAAUUCGAUGCAGCUCGCGAGUCCUUGCACCGGCUGAUCUUCCACGUCACGGUGCACCCCAAGGCGGCCAAGUAUUUCCCAGACCACAUCAACCGCCUGAAGAGCCCCAUGAGGACGGACUUUAAGAACCCGUAUGUGGGCACCCAGGAGCUGGACAUCGUUCCCUUCCCCAAGUGGUACCUGGCUGAGUUGCUUCAUCUCCUCGCUGUCUGUGAAUGUGGGCGGGGAGACUGGCGUAGCUGUGGCUCCGCCAUCGAGUCUUACUUCGAUCUGGUGCCCAGAAGCUUUCGGGACAGGAACUGCGAGAGCGCCCUGUUCCUCCGCGCAUGGGCAGAGCUGAAGCCUUUGCAGCUCGAACGCAAGGAGGAGUUCCACCGAAUCCGGGAGAAGCGCCUGGAACGCCUGUUGAAGGAGACGACCCCAGUGUGGAAGGAGCUGCAAAGCUUGUACGGGAAGGAUUUCGCUGCCGCCUUCGAGACUGAGACUUGGGUGGAAGCGCGCUUCUACACUGACCUGGGCUUCAGCCUCCCAGGCUCCUUCCAAGACAUCCAAGACCAGCUGCAAAGGCAGCAAGACAAGAUGCCUAGACUCGGUGCAGAUGACCCCUUCAGUUGCAGCCUGGAGAGCUUCGUGGGGAGAGCUCAGGGUGUGACGGUUCGUUUUCGGACGUCCCUGGAGGAGAAGGCCCGGGAGGCGCAAAAGGGCAGAGGCCCCAGCAGCUACGGUGGCUUCAUGGGGCCAGGUGCCUUCGCCAUGCCGGAUGUGGAAAACGAGCUCUACGAGAUGCAGCAGAACCUUUUCGCUUCGGUCAUGGGUGGCUUUGGCAUCAGCGGCCUUGGCAACGCACUGGGAGGCCCCGAAUCAGACUCAGACGGAGAAGUUGAGGAGGAAGAGGAAGAGGAGGAGGAGGAGGAGCACAUGGAGUUGGAAGACUGA